UUUUUCCUUCUACCCCAUUAUGAGGCCAUAAAAGCGCGGGGUUUUAGAGAGGUUUUCGUUUCGUCGUCUCCAGUGGUUCGAUAUCUCUGCUCGAAGGCUCAAACCUUAUCCUCAGGGUCGCACAGAAAUGGCUUCCACAGCUCCUUUUUCACCAAGACCUCAAGCUCAACUUCCAUCCACGCGGCGAACAACUCUAUUGUCACAUCUCUCCAUUCCUCACAAAACCCUCUCUUUCCUUUUCUCUUCUCCCUCAAUCCCCCUCUCUCGCUCAUUCCAACCCAGUAACGCAUCUCUCAUCCCAAAAGCCCAAUCCCAAUCCCAAACUCUCUCAGACUACUCAAUCCGCGAAAAUGCCAUCAAUACACUCCCGGAUUCCAUCGAUUUGCAGAGCUCCACCACCUCCGUUCUUCCCCAGGAAUCGAUUCGGACGAUAUUCAUCCAAGACCCGCCAUGGAUGAUGCCUUCAAUCUUGUUUAGGGGCUUGUAUGCGAGAAGCAAAGAGAAAGCAAAGAUGGGUUCCGAAGGCAUCGAGAAGAGGAAGUAUAAUUUGCUGAGGCGGCGGCAAAUUAAGGCGGAGACGGAGGCGUGGGAGAAGAUGGUGGAGGAGUUCAGGGAGAUGGAGAGGGAGAUGUGCGAGAGAAAGCUCGCUCCGAACUUGCCUUACGUGAAGGCCUUGUUUUUGGGGUGGUUUGAGCCAUUGAGGAAUGCGAUAGCGAAGGAACGAAGGACGCUGCGGUCGAAGAAGCAGAAGGCGGCGUUUACACCGCACAUUGAUUCGUUGCCUCCAGACAAGAUGGCGAUUAUUGUAAUGCACAAGAUGAUGGGCCUGGUGAUGGUGGGACAUGAAGAUGGGUGUGUUAGCCUCGUUCAAGCCGCAGUGCAGAUCGGCGCGGCAAUUGAGCAGGAGGUUAGAAUUCAGAAUUACUUGGACAAAACUAAAAAUUGUCAAAGAAAGCGGAUUGUACCUUGCACUGAAGACAGUUUAAGUAAGGAGAAGGAGAUACUAAGGAAACGUGUUAAAAGUAUGAUCAGAAGGAAAAAACUUAUGGCGGUGCAAAAACUCUUGAAAAAGGAAGAAUUUGAGCCUUGGAGUCGAGAUACCCACGCGAAGCUGGGGACUUGUCUCAUAGAAUUACUAACAGAAACAGCGUAUGUGCACCCUCCAGUUAACCAGGCAGCAGAUGGUCCACCUGAUGUUCGACCUGCAUUUAGGCACACACUUAAAAUUGUAACAAGGGAUCCUGGGCUGAAAUCUGUGAAGAAGUAUGGAGUUAUAGAAUGUGAUCCCUUGGUCCUUGAAGGACUUGAUCGAUCUGCUAAGCAUAUGGUGAUUCCUUAUGUUCCAAUGUUGAUACCUCCAAAGAAGUGGAAAGGGUAUGACAAGGGUGGGUACUUGUUCUUACCGUCUUAUGUCAUGCGUACUCAUGGAUCAAGGAAGCAAGAAGAUGCACUUAGGGAUGUUCCAGAGAAAAAUAUGCAAAAAGUAUUUGAGGCCUUGGAUACUCUUGGAAGCACCAGAUGGCGGAUAAACAGAAGAGUACUAAGUGUGGUGGAGAGCAUUUGGGCUAGAGGUGGCAAUGUUGCAGGUUUGGUUGAUCGCGAAGAUGUUCCCAUACCAGAGAAGCCACUAACAGAGGAUUUAUCAGAAAUGCAGAAGUGGAAAUGGAGUGUGAGAAAAGCAAAAAAGAUUAACCAAGAAAGGCAUUCUCUAUGGUGUGACAUUGAAAUUAAGCUUUCUGUGGCUCGUAAAAUGAAAGAUGAGGAAGGCUUUUAUUAUCCCCACAAUCUUGAUUUCCGUGGACGUGCCUAUCCCAUGCAUCCACAUUUGAAUCACCUUAGCUCUGAUAUAUGUCGAGGCGUUCUUGAGUUUGCUGAAGGAAGGCCUUUAAGGAAAUCAGGAUUACGUUGGCUGAAGAUACAUUUAGCAAACCUGUAUGCGGGUGGUGUUGAUAAGUUUUCACUUGAAGGGCGCCUAGAAUUUGUGGAUAAUCAUCUGGAUGAAAUAUUUGACUCAGCAGACAAUCCUCUCCAUGGAAAUCGCUGGUGGUUAACAGCUGAAGAUCCUUUUCAAUGCUUAGCUGCUUGUAUUAAUCUUUCAGAAGCCCUUAGAAGCUCAUCACCAUAUGAUGUCAUUUCCCACUUGCCAAUACAUCAGGAUGGUUCAUGCAAUGGGCUACAGCAUUAUGCAGCCCUGGGUGGAGACAGUUUAGAAGCAGCUGCAGUCAACUUAGUUGCUGGAGAAAAACCUGCUGAUGUUUACUCAGAAAUAGCUGCAAGGGUUCAAAGUAUCUUUGAAAGGGACAGCAAGAAGGACCCUGCAGUUGAUCCCAGUGCAUUAUUAGCUAAGAUCUUAAUUGAUCAGGUGGACCGAAAAUUAGUGAAACAGACAGUCAUGACUUCAGUAUAUGGUGUCACUUAUGUGGGGGCACGUGAGCAAAUAAAGAGAAGAUUAGAGGAAAAGGGUCAUAUUACUGAUGAUAGGCUGCUAUUCAGUGCAGCCUGCUAUGCUGCUAGAGUGACAUUGACAGCCCUUGGAGAGUUGUUUCAAGCUGCUCGUGACAUAAUGUGUUGGCUUGGUGAUUGCGCUAAGGUUAUUGCUUCAGAUAAUCAGCCUGUGCGAUGGAUGACUCCUCUGGGUCUGCCUGUUGUGCAACCCUACUGCAAAAGGCAACGACAUCUUGUAAGAACUUCGCUUCAAGUUUUGUCAUUGCAGAGAGAGGGUAACUCGGUUGAUGUUAGAAAACAGAAAACAGCAUUUCCACCAAAUUUUGUACACUCGCUUGAUGGUUCGCACAUGAUGAUGACUGCUGUUGCCUGCAGGGAUGCUGGUUUGUGUUUUGCAGGAGUGCAUGACUCCUUUUGGACACAUGCAUGUGAUGUGGACCAGAUGAAUUGGAUACUUAGGGACAAAUUUGUGGAGCUUUAUAGUGUCCCAAUACUUGAAAAAUUGCUUGAAAGCUUCGAGGAAUCACAUCCAACCUUGACAUUUCCUCCCCUCCCAGACAGAGGCAACUUCAACUUGCAAGAAGUUCGUGAAUCUCCGUACUUUUUUAAUUGAUCCUACAGGCUCCAUCAACAUUGGCACUCCAUUUGCACAAGUGAUUACUUUUGGGCUCCAAGUGUACUGACAGCUGAAGCAGGCUAUGAACUCUUUAGCUGGCUCAUAUGAAGUCAUUGCAGGGGCAAUGAGAAAAAUUGAACCCAUGUAAUAUCUCCUGUGAGUAUGCAAUCCUGAAGAGGAUGCUGAAGCCAUUUUCGGGAUUAAGAUCAACUCUAGUAUGGAGUUGGCUGGUUCAUUGAACGUUAGGGCCAGAGAAACUCAUCUUGUGAUUUGAUCACGAUCUCAGAAAUCUUGAAAAUCUAUAGUGCACUGGUUGAGCUUUCUUGAUGCCGAGGACAGAUCUACAUGUGGUAACAUGUGAUUCUGGAGCUGGACAAUGAUUCUGUCCGGAAUGGUUUCUUCAUGCUGCUAGAUCAGGUUUUGAUUUUGAAAUAGUCAGGCUAUUGAUUUAGCAUCCAGCGAAAUUAUUAGCAGAGGGGUUAGGUGUACAAAAUUGUGUAUUCCUGUGAUGUCUCAUGUAAUGCUGUAUGAAAAAUAGAGAGGGUGUUGUGUUGCAGCGGAAAGAUAUAAUCUAAACAUGUACUAUAAUGUAAUAUAUGUGGCCAAAUGGCAAGUCAGUACUAAUUGUAGCAAAUAAAUAAGAGGGAGCAAUUUAGUUUGUCGUCA